AUGGCAGACGCGUUAGCUUCGGCCAUGGAUCAGCUGGAUCUAAAUUCUCAGCAUUCAGAUCCCCUCUCGGUAGAGGCUUGCCUUUUGGAAGAGGAAACCGGGACAUUUGCACCAAGCCAGCCGCGUAAACAAAAUUACCAGGCCCCAGAAGACUUGUUGAAAGAUCUGGAAGAUGGGCUUUUGACACCAUCUUCGACUUUCAGUCCUCGCUGGCUCAACCAGCUCCAGAAGCGUUGGAACGUACAAAGCGAUUACACCGAUUUAUUCGAAAUUGCCCCGACCCAAUCCCGAACCGUUACAAGAUUCACUCGCGAGGGCUUGUUAGGACGAGUGACUGGAUAUCAAGAGAUUACUGUUCCCGCUACGAGCGCCAAUGCAAAAAACUCCACUUCGCUUCUGCGCCGGCCAGCUGGUCGAGCGGAGUUUGUUCGGGGUGCUGCUGGUUUCUUUCCAUUCGCCCCAGGAUUUGACCGUGGAGCGGCCUUCGCUGAAACAAGCUCUGGCGAGGCUGCGGAAGGGCGCGACGAAGUUGAACACGCACUCCAGCAAGAGGAAAGUGACCUUCUGAUUGAAGGACCCGACACCAAGGCCCAAGAGGGAGUGGAUGAAAAGGCUAGGAUGAACGGUGCUGAUCUCAGUGAUAGUGAAGACGAGGAUGACAUCGACGCUUUACUACCGGUAGAGUUUCCCGCACUCGAGCCGCGGAAUCAACUGCUUGCUGGUCUCCAGAAACAAAAGGGACGGGAAUGGGCUCAUGUCGUUGACGUGAACAAGCAAAUCACGAAUUUCCAUGAGUUGGUCCCUGACAUGGCUAGGGAAUGGCCAUUUGAGCUUGAUACCUUCCAAAAGGAAGCUGUGUACCAUCUUGAAAAUGGCGAUUCAGUCUUUGUUGCUGCCCACACAUCCGCGGGAAAGACAGUAGUUGCCGAGUAUGGCAUUGCCUUAGCGGCGAAACAUAUGACCAAGGCUAUCUACACUUCACCUAUUAAAGCCCUGAGUAACCAGAAGUAUCGUGACUUCCGGACAACCUUCGACGACGUUGGUAUCCUCACCGGCGAUGUUCAGAUCAAUCCAGAAGCCAGCUGCUUGAUCAUGACGACCGAGAUUCUUCGGAGUAUGCUUUACCGUGGUGCUGAUCUUAUUCGAGAUGUCGAGUUUGUCAUUUUUGAUGAAGUCCAUUACGUCAAUGAUAGCGAGCGAGGUGUGGUGUGGGAAGAAGUUAUUAUCAUGCUUCCAGAGCAUGUCACCCUUAUUCUAUUGUCUGCUACCGUGCCCAACACGCAAGAGUUCGCAUCCUGGGUAGGCCGAACUAAGAAGAAGGACAUCUAUGUUAUUUCAACCCCCAAGCGCCCUGUUCCGCUAGAGCACUUCCUCUGGGCUGGGAAAGACAAGUUCAAGAUCGUUGAUUCCAACAAGCGAUUCUUAGAGAGUGGCUGGAAGAAAGCAAAUGAUGUCAUGUCUGGCAAAGACAAAGAAAAGGCCAAGAAAGAGGUCGAAAUUCAAAAUGCCCAGGCCCAACGUGGAGGCCAGCAAGGCAGAGGUCGUGGAGGCCCACCAUCUGGAAGAGGCGGUCCACGUGGGGGCGGCCGCGGAGGCGCACCACCCCAGAGAGGGGGAGGAAGAGGGCAAGGUGGGCGAGGACAGCCUGCAAACAGAGGAACUGGCAACAUUGCUCGCACCGGGCGUGGAGGUGGUCGAACAACCGCAGCCCAAGAUAAGACAGUGUGGGUCAAUGUUGUUUCACAUCUUCGCAAAGAGGACCUUCUGCCUGGCUGUAUCUUCGUGUUCUCUAAGAAGCGAUGCGAGGAAAACGCGGAUUCGCUGUCCAACCAAGAUUUCUGCAAUGCCUCUGAAAAGAGUGUAAUCCAUAUGUUCAUUGAGAAGUCCCUCACCCGACUCAAGCCUGAAGACCGUACCCUGCCGCAGAUCACUCGCCUUCGCGAUCUUUUGAGCAGAGGUGUAGCUGUUCACCACGGUGGUCUGCUUCCUAUCAUGAAGGAGGUGGUCGAGAUUUUGUUUGCGAGGUCUUUGGUGAAAGUAUUAUUUGCUACGGAAACGUUUGCCAUGGGUCUUAAUCUGCCAACCCGGACUGUCGUUUUCUCAGGCUACCGAAAGCACGAUGGUAAACAAUUCCGAGACCUCAUACCUGGUGAGUAUACGCAAAUGGCGGGGCGUGCAGGUCGACGUGGUCUAGACACAGUGGGAUAUGUUCUUAUCGUGGCCACCGGUCGCGAUGAAGCACCACCCGCUGCAUCUUUAAAGAAGAUGAUGCUUGGGGAACCUCUUAAGCUGAGAUCCCAAUUCCGACUAACAUACAACAUGAUCUUGAACCUUUUACGCGUGGAAGCCCUCAAGAUUGAAGAGAUGAUUAAACGAAGUUUUAGUGAAAACGCUACUCAGGCGCUUCUUCCCGAACACGAGAAGCAAGUCCAGAUUUCCGAGGCCAGUCUGGCUAAAAUAAAGCGGGAGCCAUGUCAAAUUUGCGAUUUAGACCUGGCUGCUUGUCACGAUGCUGCGAUGGAGUAUGAGAAGCUCACGGCUGAACUCCAUGCUGGCCUUGUGGCAUCACCAGUUGGCAAGCGACUUUUUGCCUCGAAGCGGCUUAUUGUGUAUCGAAAGGACGGAAUGCGCACUGCAGGAAUCCUUGUUCGGGAGGGCGUCAGCUCUGGACCGUUGCCCUGCAUGCAAGUACUUGAAAUCGGCACUCUCAGCAACAAACGACACCCUAGUGACAUCUUGCCUUUUCUGGAGAUCUUCCGCAAAUACUUGCAAGAUCUUCCUUCUACUGCUGCGCAAAUGUCUCUGAAGAUUAUCAGUGUUCCUCUGAGGGAUCUAGAAUGUGUUACAAAAACACUUGUCAAGAUCACAGGGCCAAUGUGGUAUCUGAAGAUCAGGAAAGAGGUGAACAAAUUGGGCGACAAAGAAUUUGUCAAGUACUCCAAAUCGUGGCUGAACUCAGCAUGGGAUGAAUUGGAUUGGACCCGGGUAAAGGAGCUGCAAGUGCGUGACAUUAUCGCCAAGAGAGAAGCGUUGGUGAAGACCAUACAGUCAUGUCACUGCUUAUCUUGCCCCGAUUUCCUGAAGCACUAUGAGAUGCAACAUGACGAAUGGCAGGUUAAGGAGAAUAUUUCUCAACUGAAACAGCUGAUGUCGGACCAAAACCUUCAACUUCUUCCUGACUACGAACAGCGCAUUCAAGUUCUGAAAGACCUGGGCUUUGUGGACGACCAAUCUCGAGUGCAAUUGAAGGGCAAGGUGGCCUGUGAAAUCCACUCCGCCGAUGAACUGGUCCUGACCGAGCUGAUUUUGGAGAAUGUCCUCGCCGAGUUUGAGCCGGAGGAAAUCGUGGCACUUCUCUCCGCUUUCGUGUUCCAAGAGAAGACAGAAACCACGCCAACGCUGACUCCCCGGCUGGAGAAUGGUCAGAAGACCAUUAUCAAGAUUGCGGAGAAGGUGAAUAACUUCCAGAUCCUGCACCAGGUGAUCCAGUCCAGCGAAGACUCCAACGACUUUGCCAGCCAACCGCGAUUCGGCCUUGCUGAGGUGGUCUACGAAUGGGCCAAGGAAUGUCAUUCAACCGUAUCACCGAUCUCACUGAUGUGA